AUUCGGCUCCUGGCGUGCGUUUGGAUGGGCCGUUGUCUCGUGGGCGCCGAGCGCUUCCGGGUUAGGGCACGUAGGACGGAUUCCGAUUGGGCAGCUGUGCUGCCGCUCAGUGCCUCUCAGGCCGGGCUGCGGGGAUGGAGGUGCGGGCGCAGCUGACCGGGCGCGACGGGCAGAAGCGGCCGCUUUGCGUGCUCUGCCAGCCCGAGGCCGGCGCCGGCGGGGAGCUCCGCGGGCUGCUGCGCGGGCUGUCCCAGCUGCAGGAGCAGGUCUCGGCGCUGCUCGCGCCCCUAGUGGAGCAAGAGAGCCGGGGGCUCGCGGGGGCGGGGACCGCAGCGGGGCCGCGGGGUGAUGUUGAGGAGGAAGAGGAGGAGGAGGAAGAUGAUGAAGAAAACAACACUGAUGUCAAAACAUGUGUGGAUGGACCGCCUUUAAAACGGACAAAAAGUCAGCACUCCUGACUAUUGUUUUAAAAGCUAUUUAAUUUUUUUUUAAAAAGACUUUUUUGCUGUUGCAAAUGUUAGUGUCUAUAUUGCAUUGUUAUACCUCUGGAAGAAAUUAUUUUUGGAAACUAGACAACUGCAUUUGUGUUCUUUUUGGUUAAGUUUUAGAAGGAAAAUGCCUUUUUUUCUGGUAUUUAACAUUACUAAUAAAAAAACUGACAAAAAGAGAGUAAGCUGUUAUAUAGUAGAUUCUCUUACAUGGAAAGAAAUUAAUUCUUAAGUGUUUGGGAGGAAGAAAUUAUGGAUUGCCAGUGUCAAGAGUAGCCUUUGUUUGCAAAUGUCUCUUUACUAAUCUGGCCACUAAAGUCUGUGGUUUUGAAUCUUAAAAGUCAAUAUUAUUUUGUACUGCUUCUGGGCUCCCUGUAUGUUUCCUGCCACUCUUAAAAUAGAAUGUUACAUUAAAAGAGAAAGCAAGUUACUUUGCUGAAAUAUUAAACUACAAGAAACAAACUAGUAAUUUUAUAUAAGGGUGCUAUUGAUAGGGGACUGUAUAAAAUAACUGGAGUAUUCCAGACCUGCCUCAAUACAUUAGCAAGGAAGGAGUUAUUUAAAAAAUAUGUUGAUCAGCUUUACAAGAAGCCUAAAAGAUCUGUUUAUGGUGUUGGGUAGAUACAUUUGUGUUUAACACUUAACAUUACAAAGACAUAUACAUAGGUAUUUGGAAUCAGAAUGUGGCUUUGGGUGCCACCAUAAUUCAAAUAAUAAAUAAAUACAAAACGUGCCAAAAUUUGAACUGGACACUAAAAUACGGUGUUAAACCAAUAAAUACAAGAAAUUGUCAGGAGAGUGGUGUCAGUUAUGUAACACCAACAGUGUCGUCUAUCUAAAAAAAAAAAAAAAAAAGAUAACCUACCUCGCAACAAUGUUGUAAGGAUGAAUUGGGUUAUAAAACACCCUGGAAGUGCUAAGUAUUGUAUAAAAAUUUGUCUUUAUUUGGAUAUGGGCAUUAAGUAUGGUAAGCUUUGUCAGUUCUGCGGUUCACUCAGUUGACAAAGUGUCUGAUUUGUUAAUUAGUUUUGUGUGGUUUAGCCAUUACAUCAGAUAUGAAUAAGACACAGAAAUAAACUGCUCUUAUAGGA